GCCCAGCGGCUGGGAGAGUCACCAGAGGGUGGGCAGUGGGGGUGGAGCUCGUCUCUGGUGUUUCUUCUCUAUGGUUGUCAGAGGUGGGCUGUUCUGACCGAAGAGCGACUAGAGAUCGGGCGUGGACGGGAUGUUUCGUCUUAAUUCACUUUCUGCCUUGGCAGAACUGGCUGUGGGCUCUCGAUGGUACCAUGGAGGAUCACAGCCAAUCCAGACAAGGCGAAGACUAAUGGUGGUUGCUUUUCUGGGAGCAUCUGCAGUAACUGCAAGUACUGGUCUCUUAUGGAAGAGGGCUCAUGCAGAAUCUCCACCAUGUGCAAACAACCUAAAGACUGAAAUUGGAAACAAAGGGAAGAACAAAGAUGAAGGAGAAGUUUGUAACCAUGAAAAAAAGGCUGGAGAUACGAAUCUUGAGCCUUAUCCAGAAGAGAAAAAGAAGAAACGUUCUGGAUUCAGAGACAGAAAGGUGAUGGAAUAUGAGAAUAGGAUUCGAGCCUACUCCACACCGGACAAAAUCUUUCGAUAUUUUGCCACCUUAAAAAUAAUCAAUGAACCUGGUGAAACAGAAGUAUUUAUGACUCCACAAGAUUUUGUGCGAUCCAUAACACCUAAUGAAAAACAACCAGAACACUUGGGCCUUGAUCAAUAUAUAAUAAAACGCUUUGAUGGAAAGACAGAGAAAAUUUCCCAGGAACGAGAGAAAUUUGCUGAUGAAGGCAGUAUAUUUUACACCCUUGGAGAAUGUGGGCUUAUAUCUUUUUCAGACUACAUUUUCCUUACAACGGUUCUUUCCACUCCGCAGAGAAAUUUUGAAAUUGCCUUCAAGAUGUUUGAUUUGAAUGGAGAUGGAGAAGUAGACAUGGAGGAGUUUGAACAGGUCCAGAGCAUCAUUCGCUCCCAAACCAGUAUGGGUAUGCGUCACAGGGAUCGUCCUACUACUGGUAACACCCUCAAGUCCGGCUUGUGUUCGGCCCUCACGACGUACUUUUUUGGAGCUGAUCUCAAGGGGAAACUCACAAUCAAAAACUUCCUAGAAUUUCAGCGUAAACUUCAGCAUGACGUUCUGAAGCUGGAGUUCGAACGGCAUGACCCUGUGGAUGGGAGAAUUACAGAAAGGCAGUUUGGUGGCAUGUUGCUGGCCUACAGUGGGGUACAGUCCAAGAAGCUGACCGCCAUGCAGAAGCAGCUCAAGAAGCACUUCAAGGAGGGAAAGGGUCUGACAUUUCAAGAGGUGGAGAACUUCUUUACUUUCCUAAAGAAUAUUAAUGAUGUGGACACCGCACUGAGCUUUUAUCAUAUGGCUGGAGCAUCUCUUGAUAAAGUGACCAUGCAGCAGGUGGCCAGGACAGUGGCCAAAGUGGAACUCUCGGACCAUGUGUGUGAUGUGGUAUUUGCACUCUUUGACUGUGAUGGCAAUGGGGAGCUGAGCAAUAAGGAAUUUGUUUCCAUCAUGAAGCAACGGCUGAUGAGAGGCCUGGAGAAGCCCAAAGACAUGGGCUUCACUCGCCUCAUGCAGGCCAUGUGGAAGUGCGCACAGGAAACUGCCUGGGACUUUGCUCUGCCCAAACAGUAGCCCAGAACUGCAAGGGGGGGCCGCCUCCUCCAGCACAGGCACUCUGCACCACCGUGAGUGGAGCCUCAGCACAGCCCCUCGUGCUGCUGGUGCGGGAAGUAGUGCUCCCUUCCUCCUGGGAAUGACCUCAGGACCUUACUAGUUUCCUUCUCCAUGCUUGCUCGCUGCCAGUGCUCUGCUAGGCUCCGAUUCUGCCCAGUGACUAUUCCCAUAGGUUCUCAAAAACAUGAGCAAGUCCGAAAAGUUCAGACCUUGGCACCUUCAGCAGCACUCCCCAUGCGAGCAGCCUAUGGAUAAAGAAUACUGGAAUCGUCGUACAUCUGCCAACCCUGGGAAACAUGUAGUUCUCAAAUUAUUCUUGCCGUGGAUUUAUAUGAACAAGAACAUUCUUUGUUUUUCCUCCUGCUGGUGUUUUUAAGCUAUGAGUUGGGAAAAUCUCUGGCAGACUAAAGGAAGUCUGUGAUGAAUGAUAAUGAUGACCCGGGCACUGGAGCUAGGCGGAAGCCUGGGCCAGAGGGCAGACCUGUGUCAGUCAUUGAGGGGUCCAUGAGGCCCGCUGCAGGAAGACGACAUGCCUAGUGUGAACAGAGCAAGAUUCGGAAUUUAAAGGCAUUGCUUCAUGGCUCUCUCCACUCCCUAUCCCUCCCAGCCUUCCCAAAACGAAUCCACCAUGACUGUGCUUAAUGAGCAGCAGUGAUUGAGUUCCUGCUCCCUACAAGUGCCAUUUCCCCUCCAGGAGUGGGCCUCUGGAGCUGGGGCCUGGCUCUGAGCCCACCCGCCUUCUGUUUUAAACACUCGUAAAAUAUCACUUUAAUUAUAACCAUUUCAAUAAACACCCCCAAAGGCU